AAAUUAGAUCAAAUCACAUGCACAUUCGACACACACACACAUAAUAUAUAACAAUUGCUAAUCGUCGUUAUUCAACAGUUCUUGUAUUUGCGGUUGUUGUUGUUGUUAUUGGCAACAACCACCCCCACCGGAUUCGGACCAUAAUUGUUUACGUAUUGCGUCACAGCCCCCCGCGUUCUCGUCUCGAAACCUUGACACCGAGCAAUAGCAUAUUUCGUUGUUGCCGUCGUCGCAGCAGCAGCUACUCUCCUUUUUCAAUUUCGUCGCCCCCCUACAUACACACACAUAACUCGUACAACAACGAAAAGAUCGUAUCCGUGCGUGCAAAGAAGUGUCGUUAAUGUUGCUUGAAUCCGCUUUCAGUGCAGAGCACAUGUGAGCUGCAACACCACUGCUUCUUCAACAUCCCCUACGAGAGGCCCAGAAAGAGAUAGGAAGCAGAGUGAGAGUGAAAGGGGUGGAGGACGUAGACUAAGAUGACCAGCGUCAGGUGCAGCUUGGCCACAGCUGGGAAAAUUGUUUUGGCUGCGAGACACUCCAAAGUGCAACAUGGUCUCCUGUGCACCGCCUACAACAAGUACAGUUCGGUGCUCUCGAAGAGCAACCUCUCGACGACGACGGUGAUCCUGCUGAAAUCCCCAGGAUCCGGGGAUGCGCCCUCCGGCGGUAGCGGCAACACUACGACGACGACCACGCCCACGGGCGGGGACGUUACUGGGGCGACGCCGCCUCCGCCACCACCGACCACUCCCACCGGAGGCAGCGGCGGUGGUAAGAACAAGAACACGCUUUCGUGUCCAAAGUGCGGCGACCCCUGCACCCACGUGGAGACCUUCGUCAGUUCGACGCGCUUCGUCAAGUGCGAAAAGUGCCAUCACUUCUUCGUCGUGCUCAGCGAGGUGGACAGCAAGAAGAAGGAGGGCGUCGAAAACAAGACCGGUUUCUUCAGGAAGCCGCCUCCGCCUCCUAAGAAGAUAUUCGAUUACCUGAACAAGCACGUGGUGGGACAGGAGCACGCGAAGAAGGUGCUUGCUGUCGCUGUGUACAAUCACUACAAGAGGAUCUUCAACAAUGCUCCGGCGUCGUCGGGCAAUGCGAGACAAGACAUGGCUGUGAUGGAACAAGGUCCGCACACCAGCUUCACGCACAGAGAUCUCCUACAUAUAACAGGCAUGGGUGGCAACGCGGGUGGCGGUUCCAUGGGGUUCAAUUUCUCAAAUACCGUGUCCGAAGGUGGGGCAUCGCGACAAUCGGGGGCGACGGGGUCAUCAUCAUCAUCUACGGCUAAUCCGAUCGGGGCAGGCUCUGACAUCCUCGACAGAGCCACGCACGAGCUCAAGCUGGAGAAGAGCAACAUCCUGCUGCUGGGACCGACGGGAUCAGGUAAAACAUUGCUGGCACAGACGAUAGCUCAAUGUCUGGACGUGCCUUUCGCAAUCUGCGACUGCACGACGUUAACGCAGGCCGGAUACGUCGGCGAGGAUAUCGAGAGCGUCAUCGGGAAACUGCUGCAGGAUGCCGGAUACAGCGUGGAGCGCGCUCAGAUCGGUAUAGUCUUCCUCGACGAGGUCGAUAAGAUCGGCGCGGUGCCGGGCAUCCAUCAGCUGCGCGACGUGGGCGGCGAAGGUGUGCAACAGGGUAUGCUCAAGAUGCUCGAGGGGACGGUGGUCAAUGUGCCGGAGAGGAAUUCGCCGAGGAAGUUGCGAGGAGAGACGAUCCAGGUGGACACCACGAACAUCCUCUUCGUGGCGAGCGGUGCGUACAACGGACUGGACAGGCUGAUCGCUCGCAGGAACAACGAGAACGUGUUCGGGUUUGGAGCUCAGGUGGCGAGCAGUCAGGGAAGGAGGGCGGCGUCGCAGCAGGCGCAAAACCAAUCGGAUCUCUCUGCCGAGGAGGAGAACCAGGAAAGAGAUCAGGCGUUGAGGCAGGUGCAAGCGCGUGACCUCAUCGACUUCGGUAUGAUCCCCGAAUUCGUCGGCCGCUUCCCGGUGCUGGUGCCCUUCCACAGUCUCGACAAGAAUAUGCUGGUGAGGAUCCUUAGUGAACCUCGUAACGCCCUCAUCCCACAGUACCAGCGACUGCUCGCGAUGGACCAAUGCGAACUGCUCUUCACCCCGGACGCACUCACAUCCAUCGCACAGUUGGCCAUGGAACGAAAGACGGGCGCCAGAGGAUUGAGAGCCAUUCUGGAAUCUUUGCUGCUCGAGCCGAUGUUCGAGAUUCCCGGAUCGGGCAUCACCGAGGUGCACGUGACAGAGGCGUACGUGAAGGGUGAGACGGAGGGUCCGGUCUACGUGCGAAAGAGCACCGAGACAACGACGACGACCGACGAUGAGGACCUAAAAACUUCAAUUAGAAUAUAGCAGCAGCGUACAAACGAGGAUCUACUAUUAUUAAAUAAUAAUUUAUAUAUUAUUUAAAACGAUUUAGCAAAGAAGUUGAGAAAUGAAGAAGGAGAGCGAGAAAAGAAAGUGGAGAGAAUAAAUUUGAAAUACUAUAUAAAUAUAUAUAUACAUACAUAGAUACAUAAAGACGAGAUGAGGAGAAGCAGACGAGAAUAUUUAGAUUGUGUACAUUCAUUGAUUAUUAAUUGAGUUUUUAGAACAAUUUUCCUUUUAUACCGAUUGCAGAUGAUAUUUGAAUUUGAUUUUAACGGAGGAAAAGCUUAAACAUUUUGAAAGAAGAUGAUGAGAAGGAGAUAAGUGUACAGAUUUUGUUGAUUUCUUUUAUUUAAAAGAUGAAAAUGAGGAACGCGAUUUUUAAGUUAUAAAUUGUUAAAUUUAAUUUUCCACUUUUUAGUUUUUCAUUUAACUCUAUGGGUAAAAUAGGAAAUUAGUAAGCAAGUGUGAUGAUUUUUUUUGUUAGUUUCAUUUUGUACGUCGUCCGAUUUGAGCUUGUGUUCAUAGAGAUAGAGUGAAUGAGUGAGAAAGAGAUAGAAUCAUUAAUAUAUACAUAUGCAACACGAUUAAUUAAGAGAGAGAGAGAGAGAAGAGAGACUAUUCAGAAU